AUGGCUCCUAUUGAUGUGGAGAAAGCUAUUGAGGAACUCACAUUGGGUGAGAAGGUAGCCCUCACAGCUGGACGCGAUUUCUGGCACACAGUACCCAUUCCGCGCCUAAAUAUUCCCUCACUGCGCAUGUCAGAUGGCCCAAAUGGUGUUCGUGGCACCCGUUUCUUCAACGGUAUUCCCGCAGCCUGUUUCCCAUGCGCCACCGCCCUGGGCGCAACCUGGGAUGCCGAGCUGUUGUCGGAGGUCGGCACAUUAAUGGGCGAUGAAGCGAUUGCAAAGGGCACCCAUAUCGUCCUGGGUCCCACAAUCAAUAUUCAACGAUCGCCGCUCGGCGGUCGCGGAUUUGAGUCUUUCUCCGAAGAUGGUGUGCUCUCCGGUACUCUUGCAGGGCAUUUCUGCAAGGGUAUGCAGGAUAAAGGUGUCGCUGCGACACUGAAACACUUUGUCUGUAACGACCAGGAGCACGAGCGAAUGGCUGUGAACAGCAUUAUUACACAGCGUGCUCUGCGCGAGAUUUACCUGCUUCCGUUCCAAUUGGCUAUGCGGAUCUGUCGGUCUGCGUGUAUUAUGACUGCUUAUAACAAGGUCAAUGGUACACAUGUUAGCGAGAAUGAGUUUUUGAUUACUGAUGUUCUGCGAAAAGAGUGGGGAUGGGACGGUUUGGUUAUGAGUGACUGGUUCGGUACCUAUAGCACAUCUGACGCAAUAAAUGCUGGUCUCGAUAUCGAGAUGCCAGGAAAGUCUCGCUGGCGUGGAGAAGCUCUUGCACACGCCGUUUCGUCCAAUAAGGUAGCCCAGUUCAAGUUAGAUGAACGUGUGCGCAACAUCUUAAGAUUGGUCAACUAUGUUGAACCCUUGGGCAUUCCUGAAGGAGCGGAUGAGAUCGCGUUAAACCGACCCGAAGAUCAAGCAUUAAUGCGUCGCGCGGCCGCAGAGUCUGUGGUUCUGUUGAAGAAUGAGGGUGCCACCUUGCCAUUGAAAAAGGACCGGUCGCUACUUGUCAUUGGACCUAACGCCAAGCAGGCUGCCUACUGUGGUGGUGGCUCGGCUUCCCUGGCACCUUACUAUACUGUGACUCCGUUUGACGGCGUCUCAGCGAAGAGCAAUGGUGAUGUCAAAUUCGCUCAGGGUGUCUAUUCUCACAAGGAAUUGCCCCUUCUCGGUCCCCUCAUGAAGACCGAGGACGGCAAGACUGGCUUUACUUUCAAAGUAUACAAUGAGCACCCAAGUGCUGGCACAGAACGCACUGUAGUGGAUGAGCUACAGCUCAUUAACUCGCUUGGAUUCUUGAUGGAUUAUGUCAACCCUAAGAUCAAAUCCAUGACCUAUUAUGUUGAUAUGGAAGGAUAUUUUACGCCUGAGGAGAGCGGAGUCUACGACUUUGGCGUGACGGUUGUCGGUACUGGCCGCCUGCUUAUUGACGGUGAAGUUGUGGUAGACAACACCAAAAAUCAGAAGCAAGGCUCUGCUUUCUUCGGCACAGCAACAAUCGAGGAGCAGGGUGAGAAAGAGCUCAAUGCCGGACAGACUUACAAGGUUGUUUUCGAGUUUGGCACCGCACCCACUUCCGAUCUGGACACCCGUGGAAUUGUAGCAUUUGGUCCUGGUGGCUUCCGCUUUGGCGCUAGUCGUCGCGUCAGCCAGGAAGAACUGAUCUCCGCUGCCGUGGAGCAGGCAAAGACAGCUGAGCAGGUUGUUAUCUUCGCAGGUUUGACAAGCGAGUGGGAAACAGAGGGUUACGACCGUGACCAUAUGGAUCUACCCUCGGGAAGCGACGAGCUGAUCACCCGCGUGUUGGGCGUAAACCCGAAUGCCAUCGUCGUGAUUCAAUCCGGCACACCCGUGACCAUGCCAUGGGUAAAUGACGCGCGCGCAGUGGUGCAAGCCUGGUUCGGCGGUAAUGAGUGCGGCAAUGGUAUUGCAGACGUGCUCUACGGUGAUGUGAACCCGUCCGCCAAGUUGCCGGUCACCUUCCCCCGUCGCCUGCAAGACAAUCCGUCCUACGUGAACUUCCGCUCUGAGCGCGGCCGUGUUCUUUACGGUGAAGACAUCUACGUAGGUUACCGGUACUUCGAGAGGAGCGAUAUUGCCCCCGCAUUCCCCUUCGGUCACGGUCUAUCUUACACGACCUUUACCCGAUCGGACUUGAGUAUCCAGACCGUUCCCGAGCAGGCCAAGUACUCCGAGUCCGGAGAACCUAUCACCGCUGCUGUCACAGUUACCAACACUGGCUCCAUUGCUGGUGCUGAAAUUGUCCAGCUUUGGAUUGUUCCCCCCAAGACUGAUGUCAAUCGCCCUGUCCGUGAGCUCAAGGCUUUCCAGAAGGUGUUCCUCCAGCCCGGUGAAUCCAAGACCGUGCAGCUUUCUGUUGAGAAGAAGCUCGCGACGAGCUGGUGGGAUGAGCAGCGUGAGCAAUGGAUUUCCGAGAAGGGUGAAUACGAGGUCUUGAUCACUGGUACUGGCGACGAAGAGCUUCGAGGUCAAUUCGAGGUUGGCAAGACCCGAUUCUGGCUAGGGCUGUAG